AAACUUAAUUUUAAUUUGUUUUUUUCUUAAGAUAAUUAUGUCAGGUUUUUCAAAAUCAAAUGUUUCUUCCCAAAAUUCUCGAGGAACAAAAAUGAAAUGGGUUCCAAAAGAAGAUGCUGUGUUGGUUUCUUGUAUGGUUGACUUGCACAAUGUUGGAACAUUUAAUGUUGAUACGGGAUUCAAAGCUGGUUAUUUAAACGAGUUGGGAAAAAUGUUAGAAAAAGCUUUACCCAAUGCAAUGUUGAAGGCUAAACCUAAUAUUGAAUCGAGGAUUAAGGUACUAAAAAGGGAUUGGUCAAUCGUGUACGACAUGCUUAAUGGAAAAAACAAUAGCGGUUUUGGUUGGGAUGAGCAUAAGCAGCUCGUUGUUGUUGAAGAUGCGGUGUGGAACUCAUAUUUAAAUAGUCAUAAAGAAGCCGGUCAAUUCAGACAUCGUAGUUUCCCUUGUUACGACCAACUUACUGCCAUCUACGCAAAAGAUUGAGCCAUUGGGAAAGAUGCUCAAACAGUCGCU